AUUAUUUCCAAUUUAACAAUUUAACAGACUUUCCGAAGUAGUGUGUAUACAGCUCAGAAGGGAUGCGAACAAUGGAAAAUGCUCCAUCGCAUCUUCAUAUGACAAUUUGUUCAUGAGUUUUCUGCUAAUAUUCGAGAAGAUUAGCAAGAAUUUUAUGUUCGAGAAUACACGAUACAUUUUAGACAAAAAGUUAUCUUUGACUACCACUACUGAACCAUUUGCGGAUACGAAAUUGUGGAGCGAAGUCUCAGAUUCACCAUAUGAGAAUAUCGCACGUGGAAGCGUAAAUCGCAAUUCUCAACAAUUCAUCUCUAAAGAAUUCGAUCCCUUUUUGCAGACGCGACCAAUGCCAAAAGCACGCCGCGAGGCACGUCGCGAACGAGGCCGAGUUGCCAAAAAAACCUUCUUCGAUCGAUUCAAUUCCGACUAUACUUUUACGACAAAAGAAUCUGUUUUAUUCGUUGGCGAUCGUCACGAGCAGAAACAUACCGUUAUACGCCUAUUUAUGCUGGCCUCUACGCAAGUUUUAUUGUAUCCCACAAUGUUUUCUCCACUUAAGAAUACUGUCCUCGGUGCAGAUGUUGAACUUGAGCAUGCUUUUGCGAAAAAAGUCUUCUAAUAUCCGGAAAAUUGUAAUAUCGAGAGUUAAAUCGUAUAACAUCAAAAACAGUGGCUCUCACAGAUGUACAUCAGCACAAGAAUUUCGCCUGUAAUAUUGAUAAUAAUUGUUAUUAUCUUCUUUUUUAUCUAAACGAACAACACCAUUAAUACUAACAGGUGAGCCAAGAUAAUCGUCUAAUUUGUUGUCGAUCUUUUAUUUAUGCAUAAAGAAGAUCUCGUAAAACUCAAUUCCUUAUCAAGAGUCGUUAGCAAAAUAACACAAAUUCUUUUUUCUUUACUUACAAUACAAGUCUGAAAUACGUAUUUUUGAUUAUUAAAAUUGUUUAUCUUAAAAUUUAUAUGUCUACUAAUAGUUUAAUAAGAAGACGUUAGAUAGUAUAUUUGUAUUUAAUUUUAUAAAUAUUUCUAAGUAAAUUAUUUGACAAAAUGUUACCUGUGAUAUAACAGCAAAAUUUCUUAAAAAUAUUUAAUAUUGAAAAUACCUUGUAAAAUUAAAUAAACCUUGUAAAAUUAAGUAAAUCACUUAACUAAAAUAACUAAGCUAUAGAAUAAUCGUUAAUUUAGCUUAUCACUUUCUUUAGGACAAAAUAUAUUACGGACAAAACUUUUCUAAAACGAUAAUUAUACUAACGCGAGAAAUAAGAAUUUUUUGUAACAUCAAUAUAAAUAAACUAAAGUGACAUACAAUCAAAAUAUAAGUAAAUGUUUUCAUAUAUUUAACUAAUAAUGUUGUAGCAUUCGGUUUGUCUAAAGAAUGAUGGUUAAAUUAAAUACAAUUUGUUAUAUUUCAAAUACAUGCUAAAGUUAAAAAUUUAUUGAU